AUGAUCACAAGCUACGAGUUCAGACAAAAGGACAACAGAAGGACAACAAAAGAAGGAUCCAGUGACUUGAAAUUCCAGAACCUCUGUCUGCCGAAAAAUAGGUCAUGGCCUCGAAUCAACAGCACCGCAGGCCAGUACCGGGCUAUCGACGAGCCUCUUCUCGAAUGUGAAAGGAACUUUGCUGUGGCAGCUCUGGAUGGAGACUACAGGGAUGAUGACUACGAAGACCCUGAGCUUCAUGUGGUAGAGGCGUGGAAAUCGAUACAAAUAUUACCAGCCAGGCCUAUAAAGGAAUCAGAAUAUGCAGACACACGCUGUUUCAAGGGUGUGAUGGACACUCCCCAUCCCUUAGACACCAAGACCUCUGUCCCCACAGAGCGCCAUCCCCAGCACACACAGAUGGGGCUGGAAAAAGUGGACAAACCCAUUUUCAAGGAUUCCAGAAGCCAACAUGUUAAAGGAGACAGACCCACAAAGGGAAACAAGACUCCUUUACCACCUCCUCGGCCACCUGUCACUCUUCCAAAGAAGUACCAGCCCUUGCCCCCCCGGCCGGAGAGCCGCCGGUCACCCCUCCCUCAGAGGAUCAGCUUUCCUGACAUCCAGAAAGGUCCCAGGCAGAUAAGCUUAAAGGACUUAAGUGAGGUCCUUGGAACAGAGAGAGUUCCUCAUUACCAGAUGAAGCCUGAAUCAAUUCACCUGUCACAAAAUCAAAGCACUCCAGAGAUUCCUCUUGCCAUUGCCAGCUCGCCAUUCAUGAACAGGAACCACAGUGUACAAAACAGAGAUCAUAAAGAAAGCAUGCAGUUUCAUCCUCCUCAGAGAUGUCAGUCUCCAGCCCGCUUCAGCUCUCAGGAAAAUUUGCUUCACUAUAAAAACACAAGCUGGAGAGAACCUUUCCCUACAAGGUCUGAUGCAAAGGAUGUCCAGCAGAAUGACUGGUACAUCGGAGAACAAAGCCGCAAGGCAGUAGAAGAGGCAUUAAGGAAGGAGAACAAGGACGGCACUUUCUUGGUCCGAGACUGUUCCACGAAAUCCAGGGCAGAACCCUACGUGCUGGUGGUGUUUUAUGGGAACAAAGUCUACAAUGUGAAAAUCCGUUUCCUGGAGAAGAAUCAGCAGUUUGCCCUGGGGACAGGACUAAGGGGAGAUGAGAAGUUUAAUUCAGUGGAAGACAUCAUUGAACACUACAAGUAUUUCCCCAUCGUACUAAUUGAUGGGAAAGACAAAACCGGAAUCCACAGGGAGCAAUGCUACCUGACUCAGCCCCUCCCCCUCAGCAGGUGCUUCUCACCUUGGUAG